AUGGACUCAGAAUUUGAUACUUCGGGAUCCUUUGUUCCCUCGCUCUACAAGCCUGCAGAACUCCUGCCAAUAUCGCGGCACAGGCAGGCAUUGCUCUAUGGUAUUGAAAAGUACCCGAUCGUGAUCCUGGUUGGUGAGACUGGGAGUGGGAAAACCACCCAGCUCCCCCAAUUUCUUGAGCAGGCCGGAUGGUGCAAUGAUGGGAAGCAGAUUGCUAUUACUCAGCCAAGGCGGGUGGCCGUUACAUCGGUUGCAGCCCGCGUUGCAGCAGAGACUAAGUGUCAACUUGGUCAAAAGGUGGGCUACUCGAUCAGAUUCGAAGAUGUCACCUCGGCUGCAACACGGAUCAAGUUCGUGACAGACGGUCUGCUGCUGCGGGAGGCUCUGGUAGAUCCCCUGCUCUCUCGCUACUCUGUAAUCAUGGUUGACGAGGCGCAUGAAAGGUCAAUUAGCACCGACGUGCUACUUGGUGUACUCAAAAAAAUCAGGAAACGCAGACCGGAACUACGUAUUGUGGUGAGUAGUGCCACACUCAAAGCUGAGGACUACGUGAACUUCUUUGUAGGAGGCGACCAAGCUACAAAUGAAAUCGACGAGGACAAUGACAUCACAAAGAUUAUUACCUUGCGAGGCAAGAUGUAUCCUGUGGAUUGUCUAUACUUGGAGACCCCAGCAGAAGACUACAUUGAACGAGCUGUUAAAACCGUCUUUGAUAUCCACACCAGUGAGCCGGAUGGAGACAUCCUCCUAUUCCUUACAGGUCGGGACGAGAUAAAUACGGCAACCCAGAAAAUCUCAGAACAGGCUGCUCUCUUAGACGAGAAAGGGGCAGCACUUCUACCGGUGCCACUUUAUGCUGGGUUGACUGUUGAACAACAGCUAUACGCUUUUGAGCCCGCCCCUAUAAACACGCGGAAAGUGAUUGUCUCUACCAAUGUGGCUGAGGCGUCGGUCACGAUUGACGGGAUAGUAUAUGUCGUGGACUGUGGAUUCUCAAAGCUUCGGGCCUAUGACCCAGCCACGGGCAUUGAAAAGCUGACGACAGUCCCCAUCUCGAAAGCAUCAGCGACACAACGGGCAGGCCGCGCAGGGAGAACGAAACCAGGGAAGUGCUUUCGACUAUAUACCGAGCAGUCAUUCCUCUCGCUGAGUGAGGAGACCGUCCCCGAAAUUCAACGUUCAAAUUUGGCGCCAAUCAUCUUACAGCUAAAAUCCCUAGGGAUAGAUAAUGUUGUACGAUUCGAUUACAUAUCACCACCACCAUCUGAGCUUUUUGUACGAGCGUUUCAACUUCUCUCCUCUCUAGGCGCAAUAGAUGAUUAUGCCAAACUCUCCAAACCUCUUGGAAUCCAAAUGGCAGAACUUCCAGUUAACCCCAUGAUGGCAAAAGUACUGCUGAGCUCAACGAAAUUCGGCUGUCUUGGCGAAAUAUUAUCCAUUGCAGCGAUGACAACACUUCAAGAUACUAUCUGGUCCAACCAAGAUGAAAAACGUGGAAUAUCACCAGCUAUACGACAGUUCGCUGUUGAGGAAGGAGAUCAUUUGACAUACCUAAACAUCUACCAUGCCUUCGUUACCAAGGGGAAGAAAGCACCGAAGUGGUGCAAGGACAACUCCCUUGUUCACAAAUCCAUGAUGAAAGCUAUUAGUGUUCGUGUACAGCUUGAAAAUCAUCUCAAACGUUUUGGGAUUGACGUCAGUAAACGGGAGCUCAGUACGAACCCCGUCACUACCGAGAAUAUCCAACGAUGCCUUACCACCGGUUUCUUCGGACAUGCAGCUAAAAUGCAGCCCGAUGGAACUUUUAAAAGCAUCACCGGGGGAAUGACCUUGCACGCCCAUCCAAGUUCUCUUAUGUUUAACCGCAAAGCAGAGUGGGUGAUUUUCAACGAAAUCCUGCAAACCAGCACUAAAACGUUUAUCAAAGAUAUCGCAAAAAUAGAAAAGCCCUGGCUGCUUGAGAUGCCUCACCAUCACCACGGCCACGGCCACGGCCAUGGUUGUCAUGAUGAAGCUGGCCACGACCAUAGCAAUGACGUCGUCCCCGCAGUCCAAUCCCUGCUCUAUAAGCAAGUUGAUUUUGAUAAAAUCGUGACACUGAACGAGUCAGAACCGAAAGCGGGCGCUGCGAUUGUAAAAAAGCCCUGGGACCAACGUCUAGAAGUUGAACCUCAGCUUGAAAGCGAUGCAGACGAGCAGCUGCUUAUGCAUAUCCCAUUUGCUGGCCAAGUGAAAUUACACUCGGUAUUAAUAUACGCGGAACCAUCACCUUCGGCUCCAAAUACAGUAAAACUGUUCCGAAACCGUCCCGACCUUGACUUUUCCACGGCAUCGGACCUCUCACCAACCCAGACAAUUUCUGUCCCUCAAUCCCUAACUGGUUCACAGACAGAUGUGCUGGAAAUCCCACUAAACCGUGCAGUUUGGAACGGGACAACAUCGGUAACCUUGUUCUUCGAAGACAAUUGGAGCCACGGUGAAGAAGACGUCACUAGAGUGGGAUAUAUUGGUUUCAAGGGAGAUUUUAUGGCUUUGAACAAGGAGCCGAUUACUUUCCUAUAUGAAGCUGCUGCAAACCCAAAGGACCACACUGUGAUUCAGGGAGUUGAUGGAGUGGGCAAAACCAUCGGAACCGGGAAAUGA